CUUCAAUGCCGCACCCGAGUAUUGAGAUGUGUGCUCCAGGUUUACUCGAAACUCUGUAAUUUUAUUGUUGCUUUUAUUCAUUCCACCAUAUCAGUACCAGUUGAUCGCAUCACUCCUGAUGAAGAUGACAACAAGAACUUUUAAGCGUAACAACACCGAAGUCAAUAUUAACAUGGGAAACAACGACUUAAUCUAAACUUGGUUAAAUAUUUAAAUAAAAAAUGAAAUGGUUUACUAAUCUAUUGGUACAUCAUCCCUACGUUAUUAUUUUCAUUGUGCUUGGUUUUUCCGGAACAUGUCUCAUCGUACCAUUUACCAUAAGCUCAAUCAGCUUCCCGAGAUUUCAAGACCCAGAAAUGGGGUUCAGCACAAGGGGCACAACAAUUUCAAACAGGCUUAUAGCUUGGACAAAUCUGGAGAAGUCUACAAAACCGUCAGGGCAAUUUUCCAUCAAUCCAAAACAAGUGGAAAUGCAGAGAAAUUACUCAAUAUCAAAAGCGAAACAAAAGAAAAGCGGCAAAAAGAAGAAAAACAAAAAGACAACAAGUUACGAGUAUGGAAACAUUCAUGUUAAUGAAGGAAAUAAAACAAAACCCGCCGAAAAGGUAAACAAAUGGAAAUUGUUAAAAGAAUUCGCAGCGAAAGCAAAUAACACCCAACAUUUCGCUGAAAUCAAGUUCAUCUAUCCAGAUGGAUUUUUUUGCGGGACCCCCGACGAAAGAUAUGCGCAACUUGUUAUCAAGUCGUCGGAUAAUAAAAACCUAUUUACUUUUGAUUCAUUAAUGGCUUUGUGUCAUUUGGAGAACACUUUUAUAAAUAUAAAUUUGUAUCGAGAACUAUGCAUGGAGCACACAUCAGUUAGAAAAUGCUGUAAACCCUGGUCCUUGGCCAAUUACAUAGCAAUACUUCACAAUCGGGCAAGUUGCUUGGCCAUAACGGAAGAAGAUAUUAAUAAAACAUUGACUUUAUUGCAAACAUGUUCCACCUAUUUCCACAAUUUUAAAUUGAGCUCGAAUUGCAUUGACAAAGGACAUUGCGAUGCCCCAAAAGAAUGCACGCGACACGACGCUGUCUUCAAUAUCCUAAAUUUUUUGACUACUACCACUUUUUUAUCGCCUAAGAACGAAACAGAUUCAACGAAACUUUACGAAACAAUGAUAUUUUUGCCGAUGGCCUGCAGCACAGCUGCCCUCCCUUUUUAUCACCAAUUAACAAAGGACAACUUAGAAUACGAUAAUUUAAGGGUUGUGGCUAUGAAUUUCGGCAUAAAAAAUGCACUUUUCGACGAAUACUUAGUCAGAGAUGCCCGGCUGAUGAUAUCUGGAGCGGUCUUUGUUUUUCUGUGUAUGUGGAUCUACACGCAAUCACUGUUCCUUACUUGUAUGACAAUAAUAGCGAUUUUUUUCUCUAUGGCUAUAUCCUAUUUUAUGUAUGUUCUUGUAUUUAAAAUCAAGUUUUUCCCUUUUAUGAACCUAUUGGCCACAAUUGUCGCUAUAGGAAUAGGCGCCGAUGAUGCUUUUAUAUUUUGUAAGAUAUGGCAUAUCCAAAAAAAUGAAAAGUCUAUUUCUAUAGAUAAAUUAAUGACUGAUACGUUUCGUCAUGCAUUUUUUUCUAUGUUUGUGACUUCUUUAACAACGACAGUAGCAUUUUUAUCUUCGUAUGUUAGCUCUGUGACGGCUGUUAGCUGUUUCAGCAUUUUUGCUGGCACAGCAGUUGUAGCGAAUUAUUUGCUGAUGAUGACGUGGUUUCCUGCAUGCGUGGUGUUAUGGGAGCGAAAAUAUUGCUCAAAAAUUCCUUGUUUGGAAAGUUGUACGGUUGAAACUUGGCGAGAAUGGUGUUGCUCGCUAUUCAUGAACAGAUGGAACGUGAUGAAUUGGCCGCGAUGUGCCAACUUGACGAAAAUUUGGAAAGAAAAAGAGAAUUUUUUGUUGGAGGUCGUGAUCAAAUUAAAAACGAUAUGGCUUUCGUUGCUGUUAAGUAUAGCCGUGAUUAGCGCGGUUAUAGUAUUGUACUAUCCAAGACUGAAAUUGCCAAACUCGACUGAAUUCCAGUUGUUUGAUAGCUCUCAUCCAUUCGAACAAUACGAUUUUCAUUACAAAGACCACUUUUGGUUUAAAAGAGAAGAAAAGACCUUCCAGUCGUCUGAUAUAUCAAGUAGUUAUAAGUUACCGCUGAGGUUUGUAUGGGGGGUGCUUCCAGUGGACAACGGCGACCCAUUGGACCCUGAAAAUUUGGGGACUUUGACUUUGGACGACACUUUUAACAUGUCGGACCCUGAUUCUCAGUUGUGGUUAUUGAAUUUUUGCAGGAGUUUGAGGGUUCAGCCGUUUUUCAAGCCGAUGUUGGGUCCUCUUUUGCCAAAUUGUUUCAUUGAAACUUUCAUGAAGUCCAUGCAGAAAAAAUGCAACGAUCCGUUCACGCAUAAAGACAGAUCUCCUUGUUGCGAGACUGCCAGAUUUCCAUUUAAGACUAGCGUAUUUGAUAAGUGUAUUAUAGAAGAAAUGGCUGAAAUAUACGCGGUGCCAACGGAGUACCUGAUACCUGGGAUGGCUGGCCCGAAAUUUUCAACAGACCAAUUUCCGACAAUAAAAUCUAUUAUUGUAGAGUAUUAUAGUAACUAUAGUUUUUCUCUGUCCUACGAGCAAAUGAACGAGUUUUACAACAAAGUGGAAACAUGGAUGCAAAACGAAUUGAAAACUGCCCCGAAAGGCAUGAAGAACGGCUGGUUUAUAAGCGUACUGGAGUUUUAUGAUCUUCAACGAGAGCUCUCCGAGAGCACUCAAAUAGCUAUCGCGAUGUCAAUGGGAUUAGCUCUGGUAGUAUUGCUUUUGUCAACAUUAAAUGUCUUUACAAGUUUGUACGCUAUCCUUACGAUUACAUGCAGCAUAUUUGUAGUAAUGGCUGUCCUAGUCUUAUUGGGAUGGAAGCUGAAUGUUCUUGAAUCAGUGGCGGUCUCCACAGCUAUCGGCCUAACCGUCGACUUCAGUUUGCAUUAUACCGUUAACUAUAAGAUGUGCCCGGCCAAUAUCGCCCAGGACCGCGUUCAAACCACCAAGUACGCCCUCAGCUACAUGGCAGGGCCGGCUUUGAUGGCCGCCAUUACCACAGGAGCCGCAGGAGCAUUUAUGUUACCUUCCCUAGUCCUCCCCUACAUCCAAAUCGGAGUUGUCCUCGUAACUGUAAUGACCGUCAGCUGGAUUUACGCGACCUUCUUCCUUGGAUCUCUCCUGGCCACCAUUGGUCCGCAAAACCAGUUCGGCCAGUUCUCUUACAGUAAGCUCUCAUGUUACCCGUUUCGUAGAUCAGAUAUGCCAUCCAACGAAACAAAUCAGCCAGUCGAGGGGGAGAGCAUUUCCGACUCUCACGAGCUUGAGGCGCUCACCUACAAGCUUGGUCCUCAGCCGGCUGCGAAAACUAUGCGGAGGUCUUCGAGCACUGGAGCCAACUACACCAACUCCAAGUACGUGUUUACAGACCAAUCUCCUUCAGCGACUAGCGCUAUCACCAUUAUUAUGGCAGAUGACAAUUAAUGUAAAUGUAAAUGUUCUGUGAUAAAAAAAUUAUUCUGAAACUUUUAUUUUUUCGUUUAUAACUACCACUUGGGUAAAUGCCUUUUCAACCUUAUCAAUCUCAUACGUUCAACUGGCAUUUACGUAAAUAAAAU